ACGUCUCGUGACUCAACAACGAGCGCCAAUGUGAGUGCGCACACCCACGCGUAAAGCGCGAGGCGUUUUCCAGAAAAACGCGUGGGACACGUUUUUUGGGUUUGACGCGGCGCGUUAAAAGUUGGCCGACCAAUGAGAUUAGCGCUUUUGUUCACGUGCCUCAAGCUGUUGAAGUUACAUUAAAACACGACUUGGGGGCGCUCAAGCACAAGACGGUCUUGCAAGAGCACACCUUGAUACCACGUUGAAGAGGUGAGCAGAGCAGACAAACAAGAUGCAGCGAGGAAAGAUGAACGUGGAGUUGCUGGUCUCUUUGGUUUCUGAAAACAAAGAGCUGUACGACAAACGAAACAGCGACUAUAAAAACAUCGACAAGAGAGAGUUGUUAUGGAUACGAAUUGCCGAUCAAAUAGGAUUCGAUGGUGAGUUUAAUAAAUGAGCAUUAGUUUUUGGUAUCAUGUUCAUAAGCGUGUAAGUUUUAUCCAUUAACUUUUGACCAUCAUGCUUGUUUGCUAUAGUGGAGGAGGUUAAACAGAAGUGGAAAAGCUUACGUGAUACAUAUAUAAGAAAAAAACGUGAGGAUGAUUGCAAAAGUGGACAGGCCGCUAAAGAAAAGAAGCCAUGGAAGUUCAUGAAGGUGAUGGAGUUCCUCGCGACAUCAACUGAGUUUCGAAGUGUUCACAGCAAUGUUUCUGAUGUAAACAUGGGUGGAGUGGAGGUACAAAAUGAUGUGAGUGACGGUGAGGAGGCACCAGCAAGUACAUGUUCCAGCUCAUCUAUCGCCGGCACUUCAACAGGAUCAUCCAUUGCCAGCUCGCCUAGAGAAUCAUACAGCACCAGCCCAAGUAUGACAAGGUCGAAAUUAGGGAAAAGAAAACUGUCCGAGACACCAGACUUCUUAGAGCGGUACCUCCUAUCCAAGGAAUCCAGAGAAAGAGAGAAGGAGGAACGAAAAAGAGAGAAGGAGGAACGAAAAAGAGAGAAGGAGGAGCACAAAAGAGAGAAAGAGGAGCGCAGAGAUCAACGAAAAGAGCAACUAAAAGAUGACAAUUAUUUAUUUGCUCUUGGCUUGGUACCCACACUUAGAAGGUUGUCUCCAGCACAACAGUCUUCGGUCAAACUGAAGAUACAUCAGCUGUUGCAUGAUGCUGAGUUUGGCCAGUCAUCUUCCUUAUUUUCGAAUCAGUCGCCUGUGUCGUACCAUCAGGUCACCCCUCAGACCCCAACAAACUAUGGCCACUCUGCUAGUACUUGGCCACACUGUUAAAUGGUUAUUUUACACAUUUUUUUGUUUUUUUAUUUUUUAUUGUUCAAGCAUCUGAGAAAUGUAGUUGAACAUGUACAUUUCAUAGGUUCAUUUGCACUACUGUUAACUUGAACUUCUGUCUUUGACUUAUUUGCUCAACAGUUUCCGAUAAUAAUCUAUUUUCUGGUAUAUGCCUUUUCAUCUAUGUUGUUUUAUUUACAUUUCCUGUAACAAUUGCCUGAGUCAUACCAUCAUGUCACCCCUCAGACUCAAACUAUGGCCGCUCUGCCAGUUCAUGAUCACACCGGUUGAUGGUUAUUUUAUACCCUUUAAUUUUUUUGUAUAGUUUAACAUGUAUGUUGUUUACAUUGUAUACAUGU